GUGUUUCUAAUACUAUUGAUGAAAUAGAAGAUUGUUUAAUCUUUGAUUUUCAUAAAGUAGAAGAUAUAAUUAAUCAAAAAAGAGGAAUUAAAGAAGAGAAGAAACAAAUUGAUAGUGAAAAUAAAUCAGAUAAUAAUGAUAAUGAAAAUGAAUCGGGGAAUGAUAAUAAUGAAAAUAAAAAAAAUAACUAUAAAAGUAAUGAAGAUA